AUCUUAUAUCAAACAGAAUCAAGACAAGAUUCUUUUGAGUUUCUUUCCCAUGCUUCCCACUUUUUCAGGACCAGGUUCAUCCAACCCUUCUUCAGGGUUAUCUCUAUCUUCCUCUAUGUGGAAAGCCAAUCGGAAUAUUCAGCCCUGAGCCUGAACAAGCUUGAGAAACCCAAACACACAGCUUCCACCUUUUGAAUGCUGUCUUCUUGGUGUCUCACACAGCCAUGGACAGCAAUGCCCCCCCUGUUCAGGGUUCCCUCCCCUCUCACCUGCCUCCAGCCUGCCAGACAGGUUCAUUCUCUCUCCCUUCUCAAAACACUCCUCCCACCCUUUGCCACAGGGUGCCUGUGCGUAGCAAGCUUCUGUUCUUUGUGUCUUGGCUGCACGUGUCUCUCUCCCCUGCUCCUGCCUGUCCUGCCUCCUGUCAUCCAUGCCUCAUGCAUAGCUGUUCUCAAGAAAGAGAGAAGACUAUUCCAGAGCAAAAAUGUCGUAGGCGUAAACCACACAACCAGCCUUUAUAUAAGUACGUCACUCAGGCAGUUAAUUUCCAUCCACGCCGCCCUAUCCCAAGCUUUUAGCCCCGCCCCCUCCCUCUCGGAUUGGGCGGGUAUGGCGCACAGGCCCCGCCCCUCUGAUCUUGUGACGGGCGGUUUUGGCGCGCUUUUGGAAGAGGACGCUCUUUCUCCGUCCUCUUCGCUGUUGCUCCUGGAGACGCCCGUUGGCUCUGAGUAGGGAAAGCCGCCAAGGAUGCGAAGCCGCGAAGAGGUCGACGCCACGCUGCAGGUCGCUAAGCUAAACCCUGCGGAGCUGCUUCCGACGGUGCAGUGCCUCAGCUUCAGUCCGCAGGUCGAUGCCGGGGAUUACUGUCUUCUGCAGCUGGAGCCGGAGCUGUGCAGCGAGUUGGAGGCGGGGCAAAGCCUGGUGAUCCGUGGAGAGAAAGAUGAACAUGCUGUGAUAUGCAGUAAAGACAAGACAUAUGACAUGAAAAUAGCAGAUACUUCCAAUACGUUGCUUUUUAUUCCUUGCUGUGAAACUCCAGAGCAGCUUGGUGCAGACAAGUCUUCCUCUAAUAUCCUCCACGCUGAGAUUGCAGGCUUCUCCAAUAAUUUUUGGGAACUAAGAAGAUGUCGGCCCAAAUUGAAGAAACUGAAGAAACUUCUAAUGGAAAAUCCUUAUGAAGGUCCAGACAGUGAGAGAGAGAGAAUUGCGACUAACCCAAAGUAUACAACAGAGGACUUCUUGAAUCUGGUCCAAGCAAGUGAGGAAGAAAUAAUGCAUCAGCUGAAGGUUCUGAAAGCAUGCCAAGUUCAAGGAUACUGGAGGAUUCUAGACUUUGAUUAUGAGAUGAAACUGUUGAAUCAUGUGACCCAACUAAUAUAUACAGAGUCCUGGUCAUUCGGCAAAGUUCCUUUAAGUAUAUGUGUUCAAGAGCUCAGACCUCUAGAACCCAAGGAAAUGAUAGAACACAUCCUGGAAAGUUAUGGGGAAAAAUAUAUGGAUGAAGGUGAGACUUACUUUGAAAUGAAUGAAGAGAAGGUAUGUAGAGCAAUUGCACAAAUGCUCUUACAAAAUGCGGUUAAAUUCAACCUCUCGGAAUUCCAAGAAGUGUGGCGGCAGAGUGUCCCUGAAGGAAUGACAACUAAACAGGAUCAGUUAAAGGGGUUGGCUCUUGUGGAUAGAUCCUCUAAACCAGAGAUUAUUUUCUUGCUGAAUGUUGAAGAUUUACCAGAAGGGGAUAAUGAAAGGUUUAAAAGCUUGUUCUCUAUUCGGGACAAAUGGACAGAAGCUGAUAUAGCUCCUUAUAUAGAGGAUUUAUGCUCAGAGAAGCAAACAAUUGGCACACUACUAACAAAAUAUGCUCGUUCGUCAAUGCAGAAUGGACUCAAAGUUUAUAAUUCAAGAAGACCUGUUUCAUAAGAAUUAUUUCAGCUAAGCAGGGGCUGAAAAUACUCUUAAAGACUAUCAACUGGUAGAUCAAAUUUGAUUUGUAGAUUUGGGGAUUUAUCAAAAUGUUUUGCCAUAUAGUUUAAGCCUCACGAUUUUCUGUGAGGCGUCUAAUAAUAUUAAGAUCUCUUGAGAAUUCUUCUUUACUGAUGAAACUGAUAUUUCUACAAAAAUUUAAAAAGCAACAUAUGGACAUUUCAUUCAAAUCCUUUCUGUAUUUUGUUUAAAUUAAACAAAUCUGUAUUAAAAUUGUUAAAAAAUUAUAUAUUAAAGCAUGCAUUGUAAAAUAAUGGGUUAUCUUGUAAGAACACAAGUUUAAGAUAGAGGGUGGGCUUCUUUUAUCUUUUCCUUUAUACUACUAACGUUUAAACCUGAUCUUCCUUUGAAGAACUAAAUCAGUCUUUUCGUGAGUUCCAGUUCAAUAUAUAUUAAGCAUAUAGAUUGAAUAAAUAAGGGGAGAGUAUACAGCCUUGUCUGACUCCUUACUGUCUACCAAUGUGUUUUUCCUGGUUAAAUGUAGGAGUGGUUUACCACUGCAGUAUGAAAUAAAUGUCUUUGCUCUUGUCAC